AUGGCCACCAUGAAGAAGGCAGCUGCUUAUGUCAAUGUUACACUUGAUGAGCAACAAAAGAUAAACAAAUUUGCACAGAAUACAAGUAGAAUUACAGAGCUGAAGAAAGAAAUAGUCCGAAAAAAGAAACAACUGCAAAAUUUAGAAGAUGCUUGCAAGGACAUUGUGCAUGCAGAUGAUGACUGCUUGAUGACACCUUAUCGAAUUGGUGGUGUGUUCAUUAGCCAUUCUCAAGAAACACAAGUAAUGUUAGAAGAAGCAAAGAAAAAUUUGCAAGAAAUUGACUCCUUAGAAUCCCAUGCGGAAUCCAGUCAGUGGGUGUUAGCAGGUUUGCAAGUUCAGUCAUAUGCAAAAUUUGGGAGCAACAUAAACCUUGACACUGAUGAAAACUAA